UUGGAGCAGCUCUGCCGCGGGGACUGCACUGUCUGCCCUGCCAGACCCGCCCCGACUGGGGCUCGCUGUCGCCAGCAGUCACAGCACUGCGACCUCGGGCCCUACUCCGGCUAUGGCUGCGUCCUGGGGCUGAGCCCGCAGGUUGUGUGACCGAGAUUCCAGAAGAAAAAGAGACUGAUACAGGAAGAGAAGAAGGAGGGGCGGGCUCCUGGCAAGGCAUUUGUCCUGAAUAGAGUCCUGCAAAGAUGGAAAAGGAGGAGGAGACAACCCGGGAGCUGCUGCUGCCUAACUGGCAGGGCAGCGGCUCCCAUGGGCUGACCAUUGCCCAGAGGGACGACGGAGUCUUUGUACAGGAGGUGAUGCAGAACUCCCCUGCGGCCCGCACUGGAGUGGUCAAGGAGGGGGACCAGAUUGUGGGUGCUACCAUCUACUUUGACAAUCUGCAAUCCGGUGAGGUGACUCAGUUGCUGAACACCAUGGGGCAUCACACCGUUGGCUUGAAGUUGCACCGUAAGGGGGACCGUUCCCCCGAGCCUGGACAGACCUGGACCCAUGAAGUCUUCAGCUCCCGUAGCUCUGAGGUGGUUCUGAGUGGGGAUGAUGAGGACUACCAGCGCAUCUACACCACAAAGAUCAAGCCACGCCUGAAGUCUGAGGAUGGAGUAGAAGGGGACCUUGGGGAGACCCAGAGCCGUACCAUCACAGUGACCAGAAGGGUCACAGCCUACACUGUGGAUGUGACUGGUCGAGAAGGUGUGAAGGACAUUGACAUCAGCAGCCCUGAGUUCAUGAUCAAGAUACCAAGGCAUGAAGUGACUGAAAUCUCCACUACGGAUGUGGAAACCCAGUCUGGGAAGACGGUGAUCAGACUGCCCUCGGGAUCCGGGGCAGUCUCUCCAUCCACAGGCUCUGCUGUGGAUAUCCGGGCAGGUGCCAUUUCUGCUACAGGACCAGAGCUUGAAGGUGCUGGCCACUCAAAAUUCCAGGUCACUGUGCCUGGGAUAAAGGUGGGAAGCCCAGGUGUCAAUGCCAAAGCAAAGGGCUUGGACUUGGGAGGCAAAGGAGGGAUCCAAGUUCCAGGAGUGGACAUCUCGUCUUCUCUUGGGUCUGGCUCAGUAGAGGUACAGGGCCCCUCCCUCCAGAGUGGUGAUAUUGGGAAAAUUAAAAUUCCUACCAUGAAGAUGCCAAAAUUUGGUGUGUCAGCAGGCCCAGAGGGUCAGAUACCAGAGGUAGGGCUGAGUGUUUCUGCACCUGAAUUCUCUGUGGGGCACAAGGGUGACAAGCCAGGCUUGACCAUUGGUGGGGACAUCCAGGCCCCUCAUCUGGAAGUCAGUACUUCCUCUGUCAAUAUUGAAGGGCUCGAGGGGAAGCUGAAGGGUCCCCAAAUCACUGGGCCGUCACUUGAGGGUGACUUAGGCCUGAAAGGCACCAAGCUGCAAGGGAACAUAGGAAUGGAUGCCUGUGCUUCGAAACUUGAGGGCAGCAUCAGUGGUCCUAGUGUGGAGAUUGAAACUCCUGAUGUCAAUGUUCAUGGCUUAGGGGGCAAAAUGAAUGUGCCCAAGAUGAAAGUCCCUAAAUUCUCUGCAGCAGGUUCAAAAGGAGAGGGAGUUGACAUUGAUGUGACACUGCCCACAGGUGAAGUGACGCUUCCCGGGGUCUCUGGGGAUGUCAGUCUUCCUGAGAUUGCUACUGAUGGGCUAGAAGGGAAGAUGAAGGGUGCUAAAGCCAAGACUCCUGAAAUGAUUGUUCAGAAACCAAAGAUCUCCAUGCAGGAUGUAGAUCUGAGCCUUGGGUCCUGUAAACUGAAAGGAGAUAUGAAGGUGUCUGCUCCUGAGGUGAAAGGCAAUAUUAAAGGCCCUCAGGUGGCAGUUAAAGGCUCCAGAGUGGACAUAGAGACACCAAACUUAGAGGGGGCCUUAACAGGUCCCAAGCUCAGCAGCCCUUCUGGAAAAAUGGGGGCCUGUAGGAUUUCUAUGGCAGAUGUAGACUUAAAUGUAGCUGUACCAAAAGGGAAAGGGGGUGUAGAUGUCAUGCUUCCCAAAGUAGAAGGGAAAGCCAAAGUCCCUGAAGUUGAUGUCAAAGGCCCCAAAAUGGACAUCAGUGCCCCAGAUGUGGAAGUCCAUGGCCCAGAAUGGAACUUGAAAAUGCCCAAGAUGAAGAUGCCCAAGUUCAGUGUCCCAGGAGUCAAAGGAGAAGGCCCAGAUGUAGAUGUGACUCUAUCCAAAGGAGAUAUCAGUAUUUCAGGGCCUAAGGUCAAUAUAGAAGCCCCAAAUGUCAACAUGGAGGGUCUAGGUGGCAAACUUAAAGGUCCUAAUAUCAAUCUGCCUGACAUAAGUGUCAAGACUCCAAAUGUUCCUAUGCCUGAUGUGGAUCUGCACAUCAAAGGUGCAAAGGUGAAGGGACAGCAUGACAUUGCAACACCAAAGCUUGAGGCAGAACUGAAAGGCCCCAAAGUGGAUGCUGAUACCCCAGAAGUGGAUGUUCAUGGCCAAGGCCUGAAGAUACCCAAGAUGAAAAUGCCCAAAUUCAGUGUGCCAGGGUUCAAAGCAGAGGGCCCAGAAGUGGAUGUGGACCUGCCCAAGGCAGAUAUGGACAUUUCUGGGCCUAAGGUGGAGGUCAGUGGUCCAGAUGUGAGCAUGGAAGGACCAGAAGGGAAGUUGAAAGGACCUAAGUUUAAGAUGCCUGAAAUGAAUAUCAGAGCUCCAAAGAUCUCCAUGCCAGAUGUGGACUUACACUUAAAAGGCCCCAGUGUAAAGGGAGAAUAUGAUGUCACAGUGCCAAGGGCUGAAGGUGAGAUUAAAGUUCCUGAUGUUGAACUUAAAAGUGCUAAAGUGGACAUUGAUGUCCCAGAUGUGGAUGUUCAAGGUCCUGAAUGGCACAUGAAGAUGCCCAAGAUGAAAAUGCCCAAGCUUCCAGGCUUCAAGGCAGAGAGCCCAGAAGUGGAGGUGAAUCUCCCUAAGGCUGACAUUGAUGUCUCAGGACCCAAGGUGGAUAUCAAAGUUCCAGAUGUGAGCAUUGAAGGACCUGAGGGAAAGCUGAAGGGUCCUAAGGUGAAGAUGCCCGAGAUGAAUAUCAAGGCCCCAAAGAUAUCCGUGCCUGAUGUGGAUUUGCAUAUGAAAGGUCCCAAGGUAAAAGGAGAGUAUGAUGUCACAAUACCAAAGUUGGAAGGAGACUUGAAAGGCCCAAAAGUAGAGGUCAGUGCUCCAGAUGUUGACAUUCAUGGUCCUGAUUGGAACUUGAAAAUGCCAAAGAUUAAAAUGCCCAAAUUCAGCAUGCCCAGUCUUAAAGGAGAAGGCCCAGAGUUGGAUGUGAACAUGUCCAAGGCUGAUGUGGACAUUUCUGUACCAAAGUUAGAUAUUAGUGCUCCAGAUUUGAAUCUUGAGGGACCAGAAGGGAAGCUGAAAGGCCCCAAGUUUAAGAUGCCUGAGAUGCAUUUCAAGUCUCCAAAGGUGUCUCUACCAGAUGUGAACCUAGAUAUCAAAGGACCCAAAAUGAAAGGAAAUAUAGACGUGUCUACACCAAAAAUAGAAGGAGAGAUGAAAGUUUCAGAAGUGGACAUUAAAGGUCCAAAUGUAGAUAUCAAAGCACCAGAUGUGGAGGGUCAAGGUCCAGACUGGAGCCUGAAAAUGCCAAAGAUGAAAAUGCCCAAGUUCAGUAUGCCUACUCUCAAAGGUGAAGGCCCAGAUGUGGAUGUGAGCCUACCUAAGGCUACCAUUGAUGUCUCAGGACCUAAAGUUGACAUUGAAACCUCAGAUGUGAGCCUUGAGGGCCCAGAAGGAAAGCUAAAGGGCCCCAAAUUUAAGAUGCCUGAUAUGCACAUCAAGGCCCCGAAGAUUUCAAUGCCUGAUGUGGACUUAAACUUGAAAGGCCCCAAAGUCAAGGGGGACAUGGAUGUGACUGUACCUAAGGUAGAAGGUGAGAUGAAAGUUCCAGAUGUGGACAUCAAAGGGCCCAAAGUGGACAUUGAUGCCCCAGAUGUGGAUGUUCAUGGGCCAGACUGGCACCUGAAGAUGCCCAAAAUAAAAAUGCCCAAGUUCAGCAUGCCUGGCUUCAAAGCAGAGGGCCCUGAAGUGGAUGCGAACCUGCCAAAGGUUGAUAUUGAUGUCUCAGGACCCAAAGUUGACAUUGAGGCCCCAGAUGUGAACAUCGAGGGACCAGAAGGGAAACUGAAAGGACCUAAGUUUAAGAUGCCUGAUAUGCACUUCAAAGCCCCUAAGGUCUCCAUGCCUGAUGUGGACUUGAAUAUUAAGGGGCCCAAAGGAAAAGCAGAUGUGGAUGUAUCAUUGUCUGAGGUAGAGGGUGAAAUAAAAGUGCCAGAUGUGGACAUUAAAGGGCCCAAAGUUGGCAUUGAUGCUCCAGAUUUUGAAGUUCAUGGCCCAGACUGGCACCUUAAGAUGCCUAAAAUGAAAAUGCCCAAGUUUAGUAUGCCUGGCUUCAAAGGAGAAGGCCCAGAAGUGGACAUACCUAAGGCCAACAUUGAUGUUUCAGGACCCAAGGUAGACGUUGAUGUUCCAGAUGUAAAUAUUGAAGGUCCAGAUGCAAAACUAAAAGGCUUGAAAUUUAAGAUGCCAGAAAUGAAUAUAAAGCCUCAGAAGAUAUCCAUGCCAGAUGUUAGCUUGAAUUUGAAAGGCCCUAAAGUAAAAGGAGAAUAUGAUGUGUCAGUUCCAAAAGUAGGAGGGGAAAUAAAAGCUCCUGCUGUUGACAUCAAAGGCCCCAAAGUGGAGGCACCAGAUGUGGAUGUUCAUGGCCCAGACUGGCACCUGAAGAUGCCCAAGGUAAAAAUGCCCAAGUUCAGCAUGCCUGGCUUCAAAGGAGAGGGCCCAGAAGUGGAUGUGAACCUACCCAAGGCUGACAUUGGUGUCUCAGGACCCAAGGUGGACAUUGAUGUUCCAGAUGUCAAUGUUGAGGGUCCAGAUAUGAAAGUGAAGGGUCCCAAGUUCAAGAUGCCUGAGAUUAACAUUAAGGCUCCCAAAAUAUCUAUGCCUGAUGUUGAUCUUGAGUUAAAAGGACCCAAAGUAAAAGGAGACUUUGAUGGGUCUGUUCCUAAGAUUGAAGGUACUCUCAAAGGGCCUGAAAUAGACCUGAAAGGUCCAGGUAUGGAUUUUGAAGGCCCUGAUGCUAAACUUAGUGGCCCUAACUUGAAGAUGCCAUCGAUGGAUGUAUCUGCUCCUAAAGUAGCUGGGCCUGAUGUUAAUCUGCACAUCAAGUCACCAAAAAUUGGCAUUUCUGGGCCUAACUUAGGAGGUGGUGAAGUGGACCUCAAAGGGCCCAAAGUUGAUUUAGACACUCCAAGCUUAGAUGUCCACAUGGAGAGCCCAGAUAUUAAUAUUGAGGGGCCAGAUGUUAAACUUCCAAAGUUUAAGAAACCGAAGUUUGGAUUUGGUGCAAAAAGCCCCAAAGCUGAAAUCAAGGCCCCCUCAGUUGAUGUGACUGUCCCUGAAGCAGAGCUGAAUGUUGAGACUCCUGAAAUAAGUGUUGGUGGCAAGAGCAAGAAAAGCAAGUUUAAAAUGCCUAAAAUUCACAUGAGUGGUCCUAAAGUUAAGGCCAAAAAACAGGGAUUUGAUUUGAAUGUUCCUGGAGUUGAGACUGAGGCCAGUCUCAAGACCCCUGAUGUGGAUGUUAGUGUUGCAGGGCCUGACGCUGCAGUCAAAGCUGACGUAAAAUCUCCCAGAGUCAAGAAAACUAUGUUUGGAAAAAUGUACUUCCCAGAUGUAGAAUUUGACAUUAAGUCACCUAAAUUUAAAACAGAGGCUCCCCUACCCAGCCCCAAGCUGGAGGGUGAAAUCAAGACACCUGAAGUAGAUAUUUCUUCACCAGGGAUUAAUGUGGAAGCUCCUGAUAUUCACGUGAAGGCUCCCAAGUUCAAGAUGCCAGGUGUGGAGGUCUCAGGGCCAAAGAUAGAGGGCAACUUGAAAGGUCCCAAGGUGCAGGCAAAUGUGGAUACACCUGACAUCAACAUUGAAGGCCCUGAUGCUAAAAUCAAAGUACCCGCUUUUAGUGUUUCCACUCCUCAAGUCUCCAUACCUGAUGUGAAUGUUAAGUUGAAAGGACCAAAGAUAAAGGGUGAUGCUCCCAGUGUGGGGCUGGAGGGACCUGAUGUAGAUCUACAAGGUCCAGAAGGAAAAAUCAAGUUCCCGAAGUUCUCAAUGCCCAAGAUCAGUGCCCCUGGCGUGAAAAUGGAAGGUGAGGGCACUGAGAUCAGUGCCCAGAUUCCUUCUCUUGAAGGAGGCUUGAGCACGUCAGAUGUUAAGUUUCAAGGGCCUGAUAUUUCUCUAAAAGGCCCAGGAGUCAACUUGCCUUCGGUGGACCUCUCUAUGACAAAAGUUUCUGGGCCUGAUCUUGACCUGAACUUGAAAGGACCAAGUUUGAAGGGAGACCUGGGGGUGUCCAGUCCCAGCAUGAAGCUGCAUGCUCCAGGUCUUGACCUCAAAGGUGUUGGUGGAAAAGUGCAGAUAGGAGGAGAUGGUGUGAAAGUGUCAGGGGUUGAUGCUACAGCAGCACUUAACGUGGGGGCACCGGAUGUGACACUGAAGGGACCAAGCCUACAGGGAGACCUGGCUGCGUCUGGGGACAUCAAGUGCCCUAAGUUAUCUGUGGGAGCUCCCGAUCUCAGCUUGGAGGCCUCAGAAGGUGGUGUCAAACUUCCCCACAUAAAGCUGCCUCAGUUCAGCAUCUCCGCUCCGGGGUCUGACUUGGACAUUAACAUCAAGGGGCCACAAGUUUGUGGCGAACUAAAGGGGCCAGGGAUGGAUGUGAACCUGAAAGGGCCCCAGGUCUCAGCACCAAGCAUGGACUUAAACUUGGAAGGACCAAAAGUGAAGGGGAGCCUUGGUGAAUUGAAAGGCCCAGCAGUUGGGGGAAGUCUUUCAGGUAUCAGUGUUCAAGGACUAGAAGGAAACCUUCAAAUGCCUGGAGUUAAGGCUUCUGGGUGUGAUGUGAAACUCCCAACAGGGCAGAUUUCUGGUCCUGAAAUUAAAGGAGAUCUGAAAGGUUCAGGAAUAGGUCUCUAUGGGGCUGUUCCUGAUGUCAGCGUCAAGGGGCCUUCCUUUAAUGUGGCAUCUUCUGAGUCAGAUUUUGGUGUCAGCUUGAAGGGCCCCAAAGUCAAAGGAGGUGUAGAUGUUCCAGAUAUCAACCUGGGAGAAGGACAUAUGAGUGUCAAAGGCUCUGGAGUUGAGUUGAAGGGACCCCAAGUCUCCUCCUCUCUCAACUUGGAUACAUCUAAACUUGCUGGGAACCUUCAUUUCUCAGGACCAAAGAUAGAAGGAGAUGUCAAAGGAAGCCAGAUUGGACUCCAGGGUCCUGGGAUGAGUGUGUCUGGGCCUCAAGGUCACUUGGAAAGUGGAUCUGGAAAAGUAACAUUCCCCAAGAUGAAGAUCCCUAAAUUUACCUUCUCUGGCCGUGAGCUGGUUGGUCGAGAAGUAGGGGUGGAUGUCAAUUUCCCUAAAGUGGAGGCCAAUGUGCAAGCUGGUGCCGGAGAAGGCGAGUGGGAAGAGUCUGAAGUAAAACUUAAAAAAUCCAAAAUCAAAAUGCCCAAAUUCAAUUUUUCCAAAGCUAAAGGGAAAGGUGGUGUCACUAGCUCACCAGAAGCAUCCAUUUCUGGGUCCAAAGGGGACCUGAAGAGCUCAAAGGCCAGCUUGGGCUCUCUAGAGGGAGAAGCAGAAGCUGAAGCAUCUUCGCCCAAAGGCAAAUUCUCCUUAUUUAAAAGUAAGAAGCCAAGACACCGCUCCAACUCCUUCAGUGAUGAGAGGGAGUUCUCUGCGCCCUCCACCCCGACUGGGACUUUGGAGUUUGCAGGUGGAGAAGCUAAAGGCAAACAUGGGAAACUGAAGUUCGGUACCUUUGGUGGGUUGGGGUCAAAGAGCAAAGGUCAUUAUGAGGUGACAGGGAGUGAUGAUGAGGCAGGCAAGUUACAAGGGAGUGGAGUGUCCUUGGCCUCAAAGAAGUCCCGACUGUCUUCCUCCUCUAGCAACGACAGUGGGACUAAGGUUGGCAUCCAGCUUCCUGAGGUAGAGCUAUCAAUUUCCACAAAGAAAGAGUAGUGUGCCCUGUAUGCGUGUACAUAUAUAUAAAUGCAUCAGCCUUGGGUGUGUUUGUAUAUAAACUCCAAAGAGAAACACGCCAACAGCUUCAGCAAUAAUGCAAAGAUCUUGCCUCUGCCAGUGGCAAGUGCUGACAAACCAAGUGCCUCGAGGCUCCUGGGACUCUGCAGCUAGGUAAAGAGUUCGAAGUUCAUCCGGCCCAUGUGCAAAGUCAAUAGUAUUUGCCUUAAGAUUUAAGUUUUUUUUUUUUUUUUUUUGGUUUCUUUUUUUCUUUUGCAUUGAACGCUGAGAGCUCAUGUUUACUAAGCAAGCUUUUAUGUUUAUCAUCCUUAUUUUUACUGAACGUUGUUAGUACCUGGGUAAUGAAAACCCACUUUUUUUUUUUCAUUGUAAUGACUUUGGGGGCUUUUGUGAGCAAGGGAGAGUGGGAUAAAAGGUGGCAGAGCAGGCCAGGUCUUCAUUGCUCUGGUUAGACCUGUACAAACAGUGACACCCUGGCAUGGCCCUGAGAAGGUGGCAUAUCUCAGCAGGUGGGUGUUUCUCAGUCUCGGGAGCAUGACUUUCUAUCCCCAGGUAGGCUAGUCCCAGCCUAGUGUGGUUUUCAAGGUAAGAGGGAAUUUGAAUCUGUUUGCAAAUUGACCUACCAGGUCAAUGUGAGGGGCUUCCACUCUGGGUUUGGUAAGAAGAGUGUUCAUUCAUGACUGUCAUGUCCUGGGAAAACUUCUGAUUUCUUUUAACAAAUGUCAUCAUGAUUAAGGAAAUGUAUGGCACUUUAAUGGCAAAUUAAUUGAGAAUGUAAGAAAGUUGAUGCUGUACAAGGCAAAUAAAUCUCUUUAUUAACCCUGA